AUGGCCGGCGUCAUGAUUCGAGAAACCUCGGAUCCAAGGGUAAACUUCAAGAACGGCUCGGAGGUAUGGUCGUUGAGCGGUGGGAUAGUACAGUUGUCUGACGAUAUCGAACCAGGCAAGUGGGCGAGUAGGUUCCUUAUUAGAAGGUUUCCUGAGGUUGUGAAAGUUCUACCGAUUGAUGAUCCUCAACAGCCUGCGUGUCUUGCUAUUAAGCAAUGCAUGCAGGGGAAGCCUGGGUUCCUUGGUUCUGGCUAUCAUAGUGCAGCGUUGAAAGAGACAGUCCAAUGUGGAUGCCGCUACUGUGGUGCUUUAUGCGAGAUCACGUCAGAGUCUAUUGAGCGAGACAUCAGGAUCGGUUACUGGAAGAACACCCUGAGUGUUACGUUUGAUGCACUCGAAGGAGAUGGAACAUCUACGGAAACAGUGAGGACAAAGCUGUACACACUGGACGCACAGCACAUGAAGAUCCUAUUCUUCCUGUUUGGACAGACCUUCCAGGCAAUACCGCAUCGAGACAGAGCUUUGCUUGUGCUCAACGUCACGCAAACCUCACGACCGCACCAAGCUACCUGA